AUGGUGGUAAAAAGCAAAGUAGUGGCCAACCAUGUCAGAGACCUCGGCGACAUCUUUCAAAUUCUAAGAAAGUACAAGCUGCGACUCAACGCGUCCAAGUGUUCAUUUGGGGUGGGAUCAGGGAAAUUCUUAGGUUAUAUGGUGACCCACAGAGGCAUUGAAGUUAACCCUGACCAAAUUAGAGCUAUCCAUAGUCUACAGCCCCCUCGGAAUCCCAAAGAGGUCCAAAAGCUCAUCGACAUGAUCGCCGCUUUAAACCGUUUCAUUUCCCGCUCAGCGGAUAAAUGCAGACCUUUCUUCCUCCUAUUAAACAAGUGGAAGGGCUUCGAGUGGACCGAGGAGUGUGCUUUAGCUUUCCAACAGCUUAAAGAGUACCUCGCCCGGCCACCAAUUAUGUCCAGUCCUGAGGCCGACGAGGUGCUAUUCGCUUACAUUGCUGUGGCCUUUCAUGCAGUAAGCUUAGUGCUAAUCCGAGAAGACAAUAGCAUGCAACGGCCCAUCUACUACGUAAGCAAAUCGUUGCACGAGGCAGAGAUCCGCUACCUCCCCCUCGAAAAGGCUGUCUUAGCAAUCGUACAAGCCACGCGAAAGCUCCCCCACUAUUUCCAAGCACAUACUGUGGUUGUACUAACCCAGCUUCCGUUAAAGUCCAUUCUUCGGAGCGCCGACUACACGGGCAGAAUUGCAAAAUGGGGAAUGAUCCUGGGCGCCUUUGACAUUAGGUACAUGUCUCGCACUGCUGUGAAGGGUCAGGUCCUCGCAGAUUUAGUAGCCGAAUUUGCGGAGCCCACACUAGAAGGAGGGGGUGGGUCACUAAGCCCAGACGGGAAACUGAUAAGCGCAAUCACUCAACAAGAGCCCAGUUGGUGGACAGCACACAUCGACGGCGCAGCCAACCAAAGGGGAUCAGGUGUGGGGCUCGUUCUGGUCUCUCCCGAAGGUAUCACCAUCGAAAAAUCGUUAAGGCUUGGUUUCUCGGCCACGAAUAAUGAAGUAAAGUAUGAGGCAUUAUUGGAAGGAAUGUCAAUGAUCCAUAAAUUGGGUGGAAAAUCCGCGAACAUGUUCUCGGAUUCAAGACUCGUCGUCGGACAAGUAAACGGGGAGUUGGAAGCGAAGGAUGAAAGAAUGCAAGAGUACCUCGCCCAAGUUAAACGCCUGCAAACCCAUUUUUGUCACUUCAAUCUGGCGCACGUGUCCAGGAGCGGGAACACCCAUGCUGAUUCUCUUGCAACGCUCGCCACCUCCUCGGCCCAGCCACUCCCCCGGGUUGUUCUAGUAGAAGAUCUCUACCGCCCAGCGAAGAAGAGGGCCAACAGAACACGGGUCCACAAUAUCAGGUCUGGACCUAGUUGGAUGGAUCCUCUAGUGCUGUUCUUGAAGCACGACGCCUUGCCAGACAAUAAGCACGAGGCCGACAAGAUUAGAAGGAAGGCCUCUCGAUUCUGGUUGUCCGAGGACUCCAAACUGUAUGGGCGCUCGUUCUCAGGGCCGUACUUGUUGUGUGUGUAUCCAGACGCCGCUGAACUCAUCCUGGAGGAAUUACACGAAGGAAUUUGUGGAAGUCAAACGGGGGUAGGGAACAAGAGAUUUAUUCUCGUCGACACGGAUUAUUUCACGAAGUGGAUCGAAGCUGAGGCGCUGGCGAAUAUUAGGGAUGUUGAUGCCAAGAAAUUUAUUUGGAAAAAUAUCGUCACUAGAUUCGGAACCCCUCACACACUGAUCUCGGACAACGGUCUCCAGUUUAACAGCAAGGCUUUCAGAAGAUAUUACAGCGAGCUGGGAAUUACCAACAAAUACUCCACACCGGUUUACCCGCAGGGUAAUGGGCAGGCGGAAGCCAUCAAUAAAACUAUAGUGAAUGGGUUGAAAAAGAGGCUGGACGAGGCAAAAAGGAGGUGGGUUGAAGAGUUGGCCCAUGUCUUGUGGACAUACCGCACCACACCUCGCAGGUCCACAGGGGAAACCCCCUUUUUGAUGACCUAUGGGGCUGAGGCUGUUAUUCCACUAGAGGUAAACUUCCCAACACAAAGGACCAAUGCAUUCUGCCCCAGUGCCAACAAUGGACUUCUGGAAAAAAAGCUUGGACCUCAUCGAGGAAAGAAGGGAAAAUGCAAUGGUCCAGCUUGCCCACUAUCAGCAAAAGCUCAAGCAAGGUUACGAUGA